CAGACCACCAUUCAUACAACACAUUGCUGCAAAAUUUGAAACGAUCGAGAAACGGCGCCAGUUGUUAAACAUGUAACGCACGGAUCGAACAAAAUUUUUUGGAGGAUAUGGCGAAAAAAGUGCGAGCCUCGCAGCCACCCCGCAGCUGAGAAAAAUAGAGAAAAAAACAGCCCUCACGACGGACGUCUUAUUCUCGAUCUAUUUCCGUUUAAUAUUUCGUUAAUUUUUGGGCCGCGUUGAACUUUUUAUUCGAUUUAGUUUAUUCUUUGGAACUUUUAACGUCGAUUAGUGCGAGCGAGGAUAGACGCUGUCGGGCCGGUGUUCGGACCUUGGUGCGGGCGACGGUAUUUUUUCAAAUAAAAGUUUGGUGUAAUGAUUAUUGCGAAGCAAUGGGUAGGAAAUUCGUUUUAAUUAUUAGUGCUGCGAACUUGUCGCCCGUGAAAAAUGGCCGAGUGUUCGUACGCGAGAUGUGCACAACAGCGUCGGAAUAUUAGAAGAGAACUUCAACGAUGGACAAAAAAUAUGGUUCAUAUUGUCGGAGGAAAUGGAAAAUUUAUCAAGAUUCCAUGUCAAGAAAUUAUUUGCAACCUCUCAACAACAAUAUAAAACGUACAAGCAGCUUACUUUCAGAAGACGACUGUUUUCAACAUUACCAAAAGGAAAACAACCAGCUUAUCGCCAGCCCCAAAAGUCGUGGAAAACAAUCCGCGAAAGAGGAGGGCGAGGAGGAGGAGGAAGGCGCGUCAGCCGAGGAACCGGCGCGCGCCGCCUCGCCGGUGGCCGCCGAUGCCAAGGAGAACGACGCCGGAGACGCCGACACCGGUUUGGGCUGGACGCCGCAGAGCAAGUGCAUCUUCUGCGCAGAAGGGGACGGCAAACUGGAUAGUGAACACGUAGCGCAGCACGGGGUGCUGACUUCUCUUUCAGUGGAGAAAUAG